AUUGUUGGGUCGGGGUACGCUCCAUUCGAAAUCUUUUUUCUCGCGUCGGGAAGCGCGUCAAAAAAAAGUACCGUUACUGAAUUACAAAAUGACAGUUCAACAUGGUGUCGAUGUCGCCAUUCAGACUGAUGGCAAUUGGCAAGACGAUCGUUUACGGAAAUACAGACGAAUGAAACGAAAAAUUCUCGAAUUCAUUGCAAAACACAAGUCGGCCCAGUUAUCGGUAGACCGUGCCAACCGUAAAGUGCAAGCACUAAAAAAGGAGAAAAAACGCCUUAUGCAAGCCAAAUCCAACGAUAGCCAAGCAACCAAUGGUGAUGCUAUGGAAACGAGUCAGGAUGACGAAGACGAAGAGAUUGAAGAAGCAGAUAUUGAAGGAGCAGGAGUGGAAGACGAAGAUGAAGAAGAUCAACUUUUGGAUGAAGAUGAAGAAAUGGUCAAAGUGGAGCCUGCGCCCAAACUGAAACGAGCAGCAUCAUCACGACGAAAACCAAUCGAGGUACCACGAGACGAGAACGGAAGUGUGAUACUUCCUUUCCAGAUCGCUUCAUUGAACGUUUUAGAACUUGGCAAGGUCGUGUAUGAUCGUACAUCAUUCCAUAGCGAGCGAUAUAUUUGGCCCGUCGGCUACUGUGUUGAAAGAACUUACAUGAGCAUGGUGGAUCCUAGAAAUCAAACAACAUACACUUGCAAAGUUCAGGAUGGUGGAGAAACUCCAUUGUUUACAAUUCGAGCUGCGGAUGCUCCAGAUGAAGAGAUGUCUGCACGCACACCAACAGGUGCUUGGGCAUUAGUGAUUAAACGAGCCAACGAGGUCCGACAUAGAGAAUCUGCAAAUGCCAUUUCAGGGCCAGAGUAUUAUGGAUUCUCUAAUCCUUUGGUUAUCGAGAUGGUGGAAGGAUUACCGGAUGUGGACAAGUGUGUCAAUUAUCGCGUCCGAACAAAAGCAUAAAUCUUGCACGUUUUCUUCUAUCUCUUUCUCUUCUCACUCUUUCUUCACACAUGUCCAUCAUUUUUAAAGUUUUUUUUCCAUAAAUACCAUUUUUUACUAUUACUCUUUACUUCUACUAACAAAGGAAAUGAAAUUAAAGUACUUAACUCCUCCACUGCUAAACUGUGUGAAGCCUUAGCAAAGUAGAUGAAUCAUGUAAGAACCGUGUUCUCCCGCCUACUGCUGAUAGCUAGUCCAAGUAGUGGAAUAAUACAUGACAACAUUUCGGAAUUAUCCUAUGCGGUUUACAAGUCGACUGUACAGAGCUUCUCAG